CAUCAACUCGGCCAGACGUGGUAUUGGGUGCUGUUCUGCGUCUCUCCAGUCCUGGCGACGGGCCGUGUACCGAAAUUCUCGCUCCUUUUUGUAGACUACGGACUACCGCAGGUCGUCGAAUCAGCCUUGGCCGAUGACCGUACCCCCUCAAUCUCGAUAUCACCAGAGAUGGGAUUACACUCAUGACGCUUCUUUACGCUCACCGCUCCUCCUUUGCAUAUGCCACCUCCAACUACCCUAAUGAUCCUAUUACGAACUCUCAUGCGCCGUCAUUUUUGGCUAGCUACUGGCUAGCUAACACAGUGCAUGUGGAAUCCUUUCUGCUCUGAGAGAGCAGUUCAAUGUGUUUCCGUCUGAGAUGGCUUGCUUUUGGGUGCUGUGGACGCAAGCUUUCUCUAUGUCGGUGCUCCCCAUCUGCGCCCGUCUCUCCGUCUCAGACCCUCACAGAUCGCGCAUUCUUCCCUUAUCAU